UAGCUAGCCGUCGAACAGCAGUUAUUCUCCUGAAUUUGCUUUUCGGUUUGAUUGUUUGUUUGUUGUUGCCUCUCUUCGUCCGCCCGCUUAAGUAGUGUGUAUACACGCAUUCACACACUGAAAACUGGGCCGGGAGAGUGUGUGAGUGUGGUUAAUUUUGCCGUGUUGCCGAACAUCUGUAUCUGUAUCUGUGGCAGCCAAUAGUUGUGGCAAGGCCCUCGAGCUACUCGCAACACGAAACACAACAACAGCAGCAUCCCCAAUAAGUGGCAGCAACUGCGACGCAACGGCAGCCGCGUUUGUUGUUAAUUGAAAUAAAUUGAAAUAAAUUCCCCGACUUUGCUGCUCAUAUUGUUAAUAAAGAGCAGCCGGAGCGACGCAACAGUGAAAUCAGCGGCAGUAAACAAAACACGCAGCAUCCAGCCAAACAGGACAUGCGCAGUGGCCUCUUUGGUAGCUGCAGUUUGGACAACAGCGUCUGAAAGAGCAAAAAGCGAACGACCAUGGCCUUCUCCCGUCACAACAUCGAGAAGCGCCGACUCAUCGAGCUAGUGCGCCUGAACCCCAUUCUCUGGGAUUGCCGCCUUCCCCACUACAAGCGCUCUGACAAGCGCAAAGCCAUCAAGUGGAACGAGUUGGGGCGGCUCUUCAACGUCAACGGGGAGCGUGUGCAGCGCACCUUUACUUCGCUUCGAGAGAUCUUCCGUCGCGAGCUGAACCACGAGAAAAUGCUGGGCAGCACGCGCUUCAAGUCCAAGUGGGAAUACUACGACGCCAUGGCCUUCCUCAAGGAGGUCAUUCGGGAACGCAAAUCCCGGGAGCGGAUCAAACACGGCUCACUGGAACCCGUUCCUGCGACCACAGGUAGCAGCCACAACAACAACAACGUUAGCCGCAAUAGUAGCAACAACAACAGUAGUAGUGCAGCCCUGGAUGAAUAUCAGUACUUUGCCCCCAGCGAUCCUAACAACCCGAACAAUCAGCCCCAAUCCCAGCCCCCGUUGAAGAGCAGCCUGUCAGCAGUGACUAUUCCCAAUCUAAGUCUCAGCCUCAGCCAGUUACCAGCUGCUCUGCAGCAGCAGGCCCAACACCUUCAAGCCCUUCAAUUGCAGCCGGAUGUAACGCUGACCUCGCUGCAGAAACAGCCUCUGUCCUCUUCACUUGGCCUCACUACGCCCACGCCCGUGGCCCGCACCUCUCCCGCCCAGGUGUUAUCUAGUUCGCGCUCCUGCAGCUCCUCGCCUUCCAUCUACAUCAAGGACGAGCCGGGCUCUCCGGAAGUGGGGUGCCCAGAUGAAAGGGUGCCCGGAAAUGAACCAGAUGCGACGCGGAAGAAGCUGGCCACCAUUCGUCCGCAAACCAAGCAACAACUCAAGGCGCGGCUGCAGUUACCGACGCCCAAAAACUCAUCGUCGUACGCCACUUCGCCGCCCCAUUUAAUCAUAAAUGCCAACAACGAGCUUAUUGACGCUGACGCCGGGGACCUGGAAGAGGAUCUAGACGACUUCGACGAGGAUGACGACGUGACUGGGCACUGCUCGCCUGUCGUCGGCCAGUCGGACUUACUGGGCGCUGAUGGGAGGCUGUCGGCUGAAAGCAGCUACGUCGGAGAGGGCGUAGGAUGCGGCAGGGGCCUGGGUCGAUCUCACUCCCAAGUGCGCCACAUACCAACCUCCAGGGAAAUGCUCUACAUUAAAUUUGGCGAAUUCCUCGCCGCUAGACUAAAUACUCUGCAUGAGACUGUAGCCAAUGAGCUGAUGAACAAAAUGCUGCUGCUGAUCGCAGAGAAGUGAGCAUAACAGGCACCGAAGGCGCCUGCAAAAUUAUUAAAUCUGCAAUGGAUAAGCAUACAUCCCAAUGGCUUCAUCCUGUCAAGUAAUGAAAUAAUUUGCAUGAAUCAAGUCUGUAUUAUGUGCCAUAUAAGACAACCCUAAAGCGUAUGAUAGUUUAUCAUUAAAAUGUAUGAAAUAGUUUUUAAAUCAAAACAGUUCAAAAUAACG